UGCAAGCAGAUAAGUGACCAAAGAAAAAGACCCUAUGAGAUAUUACUUCAGAUAGAAGAGAGAGGACCAAAGUCGACAUCACCCUACAAGAUAUUACUUUGGCCUCGAACGCUCAUCCCCUCAUAGGUGAGCCAACUCCUAUCCUAUCCUACUUUGUUCCUACAACAUAUUCCCUUCUGCGGCGAGAUUGAUCUCUAUCUUCUGUCGAUCCGGUGCUCAAUGCGCAGGGCUGAGGCGGG